AUUACUUUGAAGAUAAGAUAAUAUAUCAAGACUAUACCAGUUUUUCAUAUUUAGCCGCCAUGUUCAGUUUAGUUCGCGGUGUUGUGGUUGCAAAAAUGUUGUAUAUAUUUAUAAUAAUGACAAGUUAGUGAGCCACCAAGAUAAUAAUUAAGAUUUUUAUUAACCAUAAUGCUAAUUCCGAAGAAUACAUCAAAUGUAAUACAAUGUGUAACAUGCGGUGCUGAAAAUCAUAAAAAUAUAUCUAUGCAGGACUGUGUCAAAAUUAAUAAUUUGUUUACAAAGUUUGUUCCUGAUUUCACCUUUCAACAAAUUAAAGAUUGUGAAAAUUUAUUUCAAAAAAGUUUACUGAGCUUGAGUUGUGCUCAGUGUUGGAAAUUGACACGUGCCAUAUGUGAUUUUCGUAUGAGGUCUCUGAUAAGCUCUAACAAGCUUCGGAUGAGAUACGUACAGGGAGAAAGCGAGCGGCAGACGCAAUCAUCUGCUGAGGAGAAUUGGUUGAAAAUUAUUGAUGUCAUAUCUCAGAGUGGCAGUGAUGUCAGCAAAGUCAGCCGGCGAACAACACGAAAAUCCGAGCGAGAUAAAUUUCAUACUAAUAAUGGAACAUCUCAGUCAGAUCAUAAUUCAGUUAUGGGAAGCAGUAAUGGUGCCACCGAUCAUAAAAAACUGUUUUCUAAGACUGUCGGAAAUCCAAAGGUUCUUGGUAUGAUGACACGUGGCAAGAAAUUCGGUCAAUCAUCGGAUGGUAGUAAUAAACGAAAGAAAAAAUUAGAUCUUGAUUCCAGUUUGGAUGAGGUUGAGAUUUCAUCAAAAUCUUCAAGGGUCUCCAGUUUGAACCAGAAUAUUGCAAUGGGAAAAUAUUAUUCUCCAAAUGGCUCAUGUAUCUCAGAAAAUAUUGAAAUUGAUAACAUUUUAGACCAUAAUGAUAUGCUUGAAGUGCAUGAAAAUGAAAUUCUUCAAAUCAAUUUUAAUCACAUCAACGCUAACACAAGAGGACCAACUUAUCAUAGCUCUCCAAUUGACAAAGGUAGUUCAUUUGAUGGAGGUCAUAAAUCAUCCAGAAAUAACAUAGCCAUAGAUGAUGAGAAAGAUGUAUUGCCAAUGAUGCCUGAAAAUCAUCCUCCAUUACUUGAAGUUCUAUAUACAACACCAGUCGAAUCUGCAUUAGAAACAGAAUCAGGUGGCCGUGUUGAUAAGCAGAAUGAUGAAAUUACUAUUGCGGCCAGAAGAAAAUCAAGUACAUGUGCAUUCUGCAAAAAGUACUUUAGAACACAGUUAUUAUUGAAUAGGCAUCUUAUCAAUACUCAUAUUCAUGAUAAGAGGAGGGCUUUGAAGGAACAAAGAGAACAGAAGGCUGCUGAUAAAUCGCAUGUAUGCAAAAUUUGCCAUAAUAGUUUCCGAACAAAUUAUAUGUUGAAAAAACAUGAGAAAUCUCAUAAAAGAUAUAAUUGCCAGGUGUGUAAUGCUGAAUAUGCAAAUCCAAUGGACUUUACAUGGCAUGUGGCAAAAUGUUCAGGAGCAAACCGAUCAAUGAAUGAUAAUGAUAAUGGCGCUUGGACUAGAUCUAGAAGUAGGCAAAGUUCAACACCUGGCCCUUCAAGUAUUAUUAAUGAGGUUGAUGUUGAUUACAAUGAUAAUGUUUCUGUCAUGGGCACUGAACAAUCAACAUCUCUGGUAAGAGCAAAUGAGCUGUCAGAAAUCAGUAAACAAGAAUUAGAAAAGUGGAUUGAAGAAUCAGCAAAGGUUCAAACUGGUAAGAAACAAAAAAGAAAAAAUAUUACAAGAAGAAGGAGAAGUUCUGCUAGGAGCCACAAACAAUACAAAAGUGAUGAAUGCGACGAUGAAGUGGCUAACCUCAAUUUGUCCAGUGCAAGCAGAACUACUCGAUCAUCAACGCCGUUUCCUGGCCGAAAUUCAUCAAUGUCAGCUGCAGAAAGCUUUAUAUCGAAUCGAGCAACUACACCUUAUUCUCAAAUAUCAGGCAAUAAUAUGGAGAACUGGGAUAGGUUAACAUCUGAUUUUGAAGAUUUUGAUGAUGCUGGUUCUGUUGUUUCUGGAUUUACUGCUGUUUCUGGAUUUACUGCUGGUUCUAGAAACUCCACUGAUCUGGAAGCUAAAUGCAAUUUUAAUUCUUCUGAAUAUUCAUAUGAAGGUAAUAAAAGUAAAGAAACUAUUUUGACUAACAUAUCAACUUUAUCAUCAAGACCACGUACUAGGAAUGUUACUAGAGCUCUUAAACAGUUGGAGCAAGAUUUAAAAUCCGAAAAUUGUUGGAAUUCCAAUUGUAGCAGAACUACUGUAAGUCAAAAUCGAGCAGAUUUUAGUCAGAGAAGAAAUCACUUAAGUCAUAGAAGAAAUAGUUAUGCAAGGAGAAGGAACAGUUUUAGUCGAAUGGGUACACCAAACUCUUAUAGUCAAAUGAGUACCAGUCGCAGCACAAGCCGAAGUAGCAAUAAUUAUAGAAAACUAUAUAGAAGAUCAGUAAGGUCACAAAAUGAUGGAUUUAAUGCCCUAAUAUAUGAGUGUAUGGAAAUUAGCUGCCCAGGUAAAUUUAAUAACUUAGAUGAUCUCAUGGAGCAUGAAGAGAAAGAACACUUAUUACUAAAACUGUUUUAUUGUGAGGAAUGCUCAAUGAGAUUUACUUGCAAAAAAUAUUUAGAUUGUCACUUGAUGACUCACAUUUCUAGUCCAGUUAUGUGCAUUUGUUGUGACAAUAAUAUAGACUAUGUUGAUGAUCAAAAAGCACAUUUUGAGCUGCACUGCAGAAUAUCAACACCUUGCAGAAGGGAAAAUUGUUGGAAAAGGUUUAUAGUACCACUAGAUUUCAUGAAGCGUAGAAAUGAUUUACAUCAACGUCACAUCACUAAUGAAGAAGAGAAAGCUUUUGUCAGACAUUGCAUGAAACAGAGAGCCGUGGAAGAAGGUUUAGAAUAUAUGAAUAAUAAAAUUGCAAAGCGUAAAGUAAGAAGAACAUCUUCUGAAUCAAGUGUUGACAUGGAAUGCUACAGAACAUUCACACAACUUCUGAAGGAUAUGCAUGAUGCAGGAACACAUUUGAAUUUGACAAAGACACUACGUUCUGAUUAUUAUCCAGAUGUCUCAAAUAAAACUACGACAAUGCCAAUAUCUUCUCAAGAAUUAACUGGGGAUAAUACUCAAGGCGGUAUAAAUGAUCUAGGACUAGGUGGAGUUUGUGAUACUAUCAUGAACGGUGAUUUGGAUGUUUAUCAUUUAAAAGUCAUACCAACGCCUAGUGAGGCAUCAGGGAAUGAAGUCUCGAGUUCAGCUGGUGAACCAACGGAAUCAGAAGUGGACCAGAUCUCUUCAAUAACUUCACCAGUUAGGAGAAAAAAAAGAAAAAUGAAAAUCAAUUUAUCAGCUAAAAGGAGUCGUAGUAAACAUGUGGUUCAUUUAGAAUAUCAUGAAAGAGACUUAUCACAUUUUAGAUUACCUAGCUAUUCAGAUAUAAAGAGUUCUGAUUCGGAGAUAAAUGACAAUUUAACAAAUGAUGAUCAAGCUAAGCCCUGGAGAAUUUGUUUGUAAGUACUACUCUCUUUUGUGUAAUUAAUAAUAUGUGUAAAAUUUUAUUAAUUCGUUUGUUCGGUUAGAUUUGUG